CCAGCUAGUUUCUCAUACAGAAAAGCAACGUGAGCCAAAAUAAAGAAAGCCCCUUAACGGUAAAACAUUUAAAAUGGGAACUAGAAGCCUUUUUUGCUGAGGGAGAAGUCAAGAAAAAGAGCCAAAUAUCUCAAUAGCGAUCAACAAGCUCUGAGUAACAGAAAUACGCUACAGGAAACGCUAGUCUCCGGUGAUAAAUAAGAGACCCAGCGGCACAGGAUGCAUGCGGGGCGAGCUCCUGGGGCUGCAGGGAUGUGAGCGGCACACAGGCUGUCCUUGCCUGAGCGGCACGGGCGGACGUGCAGCCCGCAGGGGAGCACCGUGGCAGCCCCGGCCCCGCCGCUCCUGCCGGGGCUGAGCAGAGGAGGCAUGGCCAUCGUCCCGCCGCCAGCCCUGCUGCUGCUGCUGUCCCCGGCCCUCUUCUGGGGGGCGCCGGGCUGUGCGGCGGAGCGUGCCGAGGUCCUCUGCGCCGGGGCAGCCUGCUACACCCUGCACCGGGACCAGCUGGCUUGGAGCAGCGCCCAGAAGAGGUGCCAGAACAACGGGGGCAACCUGGCCACCAUCAGAAGCCUGGAGGAGGCCCAGCACAUCCAGGAGCUGCUGGGCAGGAGCCAGGCGGGGGCUGGCUGGCAGGGCAACGUGUGGAUCGGGCUCUCCCUGGAGAAAGGCAAGUGUGUGCAGUCCCACGACCCGCUGCGGGGCUUCACCUGGGCCGGCGGUGGCAAGAAGACCAACUACUCGGCAUGGCUGGCUGAGCCCCAUACCACCUGCCUGAGCCACCGCUGCGCCAGCCUGCAGCCGGCGGCGCCCUCCUCGCCUGCCGGCUGGGCCGACGGCCCCUGCCGAGCCCCGCUGCCAGGCUACGUGUGCAAGUUCAGCUUCCAGGGCAUGUGCGGGCCGCUGGCGCUGGCCGGCCCGGGCACCGUGACCUACACGACGCCGUUCGGGGUGGAGAGCGAGCGGCUGGCGGCGGCGCCCUUCGGCACGCUGGCGCAGGUGACGUGCGGGGCGGGCGGGGGGGCGCAGCAGUUCGCGUUGUGCAAGGAGCAGCAGCCGGCGGGGGGCUUCGCCUGGAACCACCGGGGGCCGCUCUGCGCCCUUGGCUGUGCCCACCGCAACGGCGGCUGCGAGCAGGAGUGCGUGGAGGCGGAGCGGGGGGCCCCGCCGCGCUGCGCCUGCCACCCCGGCUACGUGCUGGCCCCUGACCUGGUGUCGUGCGCGCCCGCCGACGGCUGCGACCCCAACCCCUGCGAGGGGCCGUGCCACCGCCGCCCCGCCGGCGGCUUUGAGUGCGGCUGCGCAGCUGGCUACACGCUGGCGCCCGACGGGCGGCGCUGCCUCGACGUGGACGAGUGCCUGGGGCAGCCGUGCCACCAGGAGUGCCACAACGCGCCCGGCAGCUUCGCCUGCACCUGCCGCCCGGGCUACGAGCCCGAGGCGCCCGGCUCUCCACGCUGCCGUGACAUCGACGAGUGCGCUGCCGGCGCUGCUGCCUGCCCCCAGCUCUGCCUCAACGUGCCUGGCUCCUACCUCUGUGCCUGCAGGCCGGGCUACCAGCGGGACGCCCGGCAGGAGGCCUGCGUGGACGUGGACGAGUGCCUGCGGGACCCCUGCCCCGGCACCUGCCUCAACGUGCCCGGCUCCUUCCGCUGCACCUGCCCACCAGGCUUCGUGCCGGCGGCAGACGGUGGCACCUGCCAUCCUGACCCUACCCACACAGAGGGGCCAGCGGGGGCCUCCCAGCCCACGCGCCUGCUGGCAGCCACCCUGCCCGAGCGGCCUCCAGGCUCCUCAGCACAGCCCACUGCCACCUCCACCACCACCGCCACCACCUCCACCACCGCCUCCACCACCGCCUCCGCGGGGCUGGGGGCUGCGCAUGACGCCGAGCACACCACUGACGGCCCCAAGCUGCUCCUCUACUACAUCCUGGGCAGCCUCGUGGCCAUCCUGCUGCUGAUGGCUUUUGCCCUGGCCUUGCUGGCCUACAGGAGGAGGAAGGCCAAGGAGGAGAAGCAGCAAGCCAAAAGCGCGGCAGAUGACUACUGCUGGAUGCCCGAGCAGGCGGAGAGCAGAGCGGCUGGCAGCGAGUUCAGGUGAACGCUGGGGCUGCAGGCAGGCCGUGGAGCUCCCAGCGCCCGCGGUGGCACCUCCAAAGGGUCUCACAGGGGAAAAUGCGAAGCUGCAAGCAGCAGAGAGCAUUUUGUGUGUCCUCAUUUUAAAAAAAGGGGGGGGGGGGGUUGAGGGGUGGUGGUGCUGUCUCUUUAAUGCAGUUUUGGAUGCCUUCAUGUUUGAGAGCCUAUCUUGGAUCUUCUUGCUGUGAGAGACCUGCUGUUUCCCAAGGCAGGCACUCAGCCCUUUGUGAAGAGACCCGCUGAAGCCCCAGGUGCACAGCCCUCACGGCAGCCCAGGCUAUUCCUUACCUCGGAGGGGCUAAAUAUGAUUACAUAUGAUUUAUAACCCUGCUGCCACUCUUUGAAGUGAAAAGUUAAGGAGGAAGCAGUUGCUUCCUGAGCGGUUUAGGAACUACAAGAUUUAAAAGUGAUGGGGUUUAAGUUACCUGCACUGGCUGCUCCUCAAGCCUGCAAAAUGUCACAGUUCUGAAAAAUAGCAAAUGACUAGUAUUUACUUAGUUUCUUAAAGGAAAACAGUUCAUUUCAUUUUUCAUUUGAGCUCCCCGACCUGUAUUUAAAAUGCAAACAUGCAAAAGAAACAAUUCUCCCCCUUCUCCUCCCCCCACGCGAUUCUUUGUCAGCUCAACAGAAAUGUUAGUGUUUCCCCUUUGCCUUCAUGGAAUCAGAUUAUCUACCACAGCCCUAAUUUUCACCUUGCUUUCCUUGAAAUUGGUUUCAAAACCUUACUUAUUUCACUAGGGCAAGAUCUGAUUAUCUGCAGUCAUAAGCAUUUUUUUUAAGUUGUUAUACCACGGAGCUAAUUAAAUAAUUAAAUAAAGAGCUUUAGAACUACAGCAACAGAACACUUGUGCACAUGAGCAGAAAUAAGAUUAGUAGAGCUAAUCAUCCCUGCAAAAUUACUCAGAUCCAUUCAUUUGCAAGGCUGGAACCUAGGCAAUUCUGCUAAAUUCUGGGAAGUUAGAUAAUGAUGCUUCUCAGAACUACUGACAAAGCAGGAAGGAAACCCCAAGUACAGCUUUGUGCUAUCUACCUAAUAAAGGCACUAAAACCUGUAAGAAUGAGAUCUUAAUGCAUCACAUUGAGCUCAUAGGUACAUAGCGUGCAUGAAAAUUGUUGAAUUAAGCCUUUUGUGUAAGUAGCCAAGACAGAGAAUAUGCAGUAAAAAGGUAUGAAAAAGUGUGUUCAGGAAGAAUUGUCCAUUUAUUUCCCAUGUAUUCAGAACUGAGCCACUUGAAAAAUGCAGAAAACAAUCCUCUCCAAAUACAGUCAAAUGAAAGACCAAACUCUUCUUGUUGCAUCAUGUUUUUGGUAGGCUCCCCUCCCAAUUGCUUGGGUUACACUUGCAUGGGGUCCAGGUUGAGUGUAUUUUUCAUCCAUUCCGCCCCCCCUCCCCACUGGAUGUAGCAUGUUUGCUAACUACCGAAAUUUAAACAUCCCCUUCAGAACAAUAUGCUUUCUCAGGGUGAAGUUGGUCCCCAGUCUUCAUUUGGGUGCUGCAGAGCAGAGGAAGAUAAGUCACUUUGCAUGUGGCAAGUGAAGGCCACAGUCUCAGCCUUAGCACUCAUUCCCUGGGAAGCAGCAAGGAUGGGGAGAUGAUGCCUUCAUCCUUACCUCUACCUGCCAGCUCACAGGGAAACUGGGGGAGCUGGCUACAUCAUUUUAAAGGCUUGAAUGUUGCAUUUCUGCCAGUAAUCCUGUCCGUUUCAGUGGGACACUAGAUUCAAGCAAACACCCUCUCACCAGAGCGGGCCAGGCAGGAGGAAGGAGUCACAGUCUGAACCGAUGGUACAGCCUAUAUACAGAGAACAGGAAGAUUUUACCUCACGCAUGUCUCUUGCUCGUGCUGUGCUUUCCUAGGGGUCAAAUUGCUGACGUUCCCUUGGAAGAGAGGGAAUCCUGUAGGUUGAAAGUUGGUCUCAACAGAGCACCAACAUUACAGCAAAAAUCUGCUUGGAUAGAACAACAGGGGCUUUUUCCAUCUCGGGGAUACCAGGUUAAAAGGUCUACCAAGAGGGCUUCAUUUGCUUAGAAACCUCAUGCAGGUUUGCAACCUUGAUCUAUUUAUAGAUGUUUUAGAUAUUCUGGGAAUAAACUGCAUUGUGCUGUGCUAACCUGUAUGUGCUUUUGCACAGACUAAGGGCUGGGAAAGCUAUUGUUAAUGUGCUCUGCAAACUUCCCUGGAAGCUGGACUGGACCUAGGAAAGUACAUGAAACAGUGGCACUUUGUAUACAGAAGUCCCUGAUUUUGGUGACAUUACUGCAAUUUUAAAAGCCAGCAAAUCAAAAAAAAGUUAAACCCAGUAGGCGAUAAUAUGGUUUGUAGGUACUUAGCUUUUGGAGAGCUGUUUAUUCAGCUGUUUCUGAAAAGGAAGUCUCUUUUUAAACUGUUUCACAGUGAGAACCACCCCAAAAUCAAGAUGGAGUGUAGGGGCCAUUCCUGUUUCCAGUCAAAACAGUGCCAGUUUCAUUAUUUACUGCAGUAAACCAAAGCUAUACAAGGCAAAAAGGUGCUAGAAAGAACGGGCAUGUUAUUUGAAGGGUACAUAAGUUCCCUGAAAUUUCUACUGUUUUUAUUGUGUACUUGAGGCUUAAAUUGUGACAGCAAUGGGAACUGAACACAAAAGAGUUUGCUGUGGGCAGCAGCCUACAUCCUGUUCUUCAGUAUGUGGAGGAAAACCCUUUCCUGCUUUUUUUCCCUUCAUUUCUCCAUUGUAAAAUUAAAAAAAAAAAACAGGAAAAUGUAGCUUCUAGCUGAUAUAAAUGUUCUGUUCAUGCUUCCUUUUCUCUGCACAGUAGCUUGAAGAAGCUGUGAAUUUCACAGUGGCAUUUUUGGAAUUCCCACAGAAAAUUCAUAGCAUUUCUUUGUUAUGACAACAAGCCAGCAGAGCAUUUUGAAUACAUGAAUAAAUUAAGCAAAUGAGCAAUCCUACUAAAAUCUGUGGGACAACCUACAUGUGUAAAAUUCUGCCCAUACUGAAGGGCUAUGGUGCCUCAGGGUCUGUAUGGGGGGAAAAGCCAUCAUACCAAUGUGCCUCACACUUCAGGGAAUACUUGGUUUGCUUUAUCAAAAGCUAAGGCAUUUUCAAAAUGCUUAUAGUCUUAGGAGUUUUUCUGACAUAUUUUUCAGUUAAGAGAUCAAUUAAUUUCCAUAUUAAUUCUUUUAUUCCACCAUGAAGAAGGGAAAAGGAAGCAUAAGUACAGGCUUACAGUUGGUAAAGGUCUGAGAGCUAUUAUUUAUUCCAGAAAUGCGUCAGUAAAACUUACAAGCCUAUUUUCUCUUGUGACCUUUGUGUAUUCUGCUGUGUGUACCGUAGAGUAUUACAAAUGGAGUAAUGUAGUCAGUUAAGCCUAGAGAAGACACUAAUUUGUACCUAGGUUUAGUUUAGGUUUGAUCUUGUGGAAUUGUUGGUGGAAUUACACCAGAAUAAACUCAUAGCUUACUUUCUUGUUGCCAUGAACAUAGCAGGAACAUUUUGAUACAUGUCAUGAUUUGGGUGUUAUCUAGGGCCCCGUGAAUACAAUGGGCUAAAGCAAAUAGGAACAGCUUCAGACAAUUUGGUACACCUGACUUAAAGUUAGGAGAGACAGGAUAUUCAUCCUUGCCCACGGUGGAUUUACUGUGUUGCCCUGGGCAGCUACCUCUUUGCUUCCCAUUCCUUACAUAUGAGGUUCCAUAUUCCAUACAUAUAAGAGACGUAAUUACAAGCGAGACCUGUAAUUGUCUUUCCAUCGACCUGUCAGGACUGGCUAGCUAACACAUCUGAAAUGCUUCGAACAUAUCGACUGGUUUGUAAGCAUAAAGCAUUAUAUUUUUAUGCUCCAAAUUUAAAACUUUCUUCGUCCUUCAUGAGAGUUGCCUCUAUCAGUACUGACGGAUACUGUGCCAUGCUGCAAUGGCACAAUACAACCACCUUACCAUUGCUUUAAACUAAAAGAAUAAGGUUAUCUCAAACUUUGAAUAACACUGUAUGUUGCUUUUCUGAUGAAACUAAUAAAAUCUAAAGAAAAUGUA